AUGUCAUCACCUUUAAAUUUAGCCAUUGUUGGAACAGGUAUUUUCGCUACAGAUACACAUUUACCAACUAUUAAAAAAAUUUCAAAUUUGAAACCAAUUGCAGCUUAUAAUAGAACAAAAUCAAAAGCAGAAACAUUUGCUGAAAAAGCAGGUAUAUCAAAAGAAAAAGUAUAUGAUUCAUUAGAAGAAGUUUUUAAUGAUUCUAAAGUUGAUUUUGUGGAUGCAUUAUUACCAGUUCAAUUCAAUUUAGAUGCCGUUAAAUUAGCAAUUGAAAAAAACAAACCAAUAUGUUUUGAAAAACCUAUUGCUGCUAAUUUAGAACAAGCUAAAGAAAUUGUUAAGUUGAGUGAAAAAACGGAUUUACCAAUUGCUGUGUUGGAAAAUUGGUCAUUUUUAAAAGCUAUCAAAAUUAUUAAAAAUGAAGUGUUACCAAAAAUUGGAGAUAUUAUUGGUUUUACUUAUAAUGCAACUGGACCAUGGAAUGAUGAAAACAAAUAUCUUGCUACCGGUUGGAGAUUAAAACCUGAACAUAUAGGUGGAUUUUUAAGUGAUGGAGGAGUACAUCAAUUAGCUCUUUUGAUUGAAGUAUUAGGUGAUGUCGAAUCCGUUAGUGGUUUAACCAAACAAGUAAGAGAACAAAGUGGAACUGAUGACAUCUUAUUUUCAACAAUGAAAUUGAAAAGUGGAGUUAUUGGUACAUUUACAUAUGGAUCAGCAUUUGGAGCAACUGAUAAAUCUACAUCUUUUACUAUAUUUGGAACAAAUGGUUCAGUUACAUAUGAUUGGUCUCCUUCAUUAAAUAAACCUACAAUUUCUUACCAAACUGGUACAAGCGGCCAAACUAAGAGUGAAAAGACACUUAUUGAAAUUGAUGAAGUAAACACUUUUGAAGAAGAAUUUAAAAAUUUUGCAGAAGCUGUAAUAAAGAAAGAUAAAAAUUUGAUUGUUGUACCACCAUCAAAAGCUUUUCAUCAUUUGGCGAUUGUGGCUGCUGCUUUGGAGUCAUCUUCAAAAGGAGGAUCUAAUGUAAAAGUAGAAGUUGUUUAG